AUGAAUUCAGCUCCAAGUGAAUAAACUGGAUUAUAAAAUGGAUAAAAUUAAAAUAAAUAUUAAGCUAUUCUUAUUAAUUACGAAUGCAAAUAUUGCCACACAUCUGGUUAGCCAAUAAGAUAUCAUUAAGCAGGAACAGGAACAUAUUUAUGCUGUUUAAUUUGGUGUUUUAUUGCAGUUAUUCCAGGAUUAAUACCUUUUUGCUGUAAUAGAUGUAAAGAUUAAGUCUUAAAAUGCGCUUCAUGUAGUAAUAUAAUAGAAAAAGAAUAUUAUGAACCUUGUGAUUGUACUAGAAAAUGA